CACAGCUCGGACUCGGGCGCCCGGGCGGGCUGGGGCGGUGCGCUGACCCUGGCCCCAGGCCGCCCGGGAUCCUCCCCAAACCUGCCCGGCCCCGGGACCCCCGACCCUUCGCCGGGCCCCGGAACCUCUCGGCCCGACCCACCCGCACCCCAGGCCCUGACCCUUUGCCCGCCCGGGCCCGAUCCCCGCCUGUCCCCGACACCCCCCCACCCCGCCUGGAGCGCGGCCGGCCGCGGGGCGCACAGGCUGGCGGGCGGAGGCCCCUCCCCGGCGCGGAGUCGCCGCGCGGAGGAAGCGGAGGAGGCGCCGCGCCGAGACCUCGCCGCGCUCAUGGCGUCUCCCGGGAUAGAAGUGGAAUUACUGGCCAAAGGACAUUCAGAUUUGGGAGAAGUGGCCCCAGAAAUAAAAGCAUCAGAAAGACGAACAGCCCUGGCCAUUGCAGAUUUGGAAUGGAGAGAGAUGGAAGGAGAUGACUGUGAAUUUCAUUAUGGAGAUGGUACAAAUGAGGCUCAGGACAAUGACUUUCCAACAGUGGAGAGAAGCAGACUUCAAGAAAUGCUGUCACUUUUGGGACUAGAGAUGUACCAGAUCCAGAAACUCAGCCUGCAGGAUGCUCUGCAGAUCAGUUUUGACAGCAUGAAGAACUGGGCCCCUCAGGUACCCAAGGACCUGCCUUGGAACUUCCUGAGAAAGCUGCAGGCCCUCAACGCCGAGGCCAGAAACACCACAAUGCUGCUGGACGUGCAGCUGGACGCCAGGGCCGUGGAGAAGGAGAGCUGGAUGGAGGAGGAGACCGUGUACUGGGACACGGCUGAGGAGCUCGCAGCUGACAUCUACUCUUUCUCAGAGCUGCCGACCCCCGACACACCAGUGAACCCCUUGGACCUCCUCUGCGCCCUUCUUCUUUCCUCAGACAGCUUCCUGCAGCAGGAGAUCCUCCUGAGAAUGUCCCUCUGCCAGUUUGCACUCCCUCUCGUCUUGCCCGACUCGGAGAACCACUACCACACGUUCCUGCUGUGGGCCAUGCGGGGCGUCGUGAGGACGUGGUGGUCGCAGCCCCCGCGGGGGCUGGGAGGCCUCCGAGAAGACGGCGUGGUUCUCUGCAGAAUGCCCACUUUUGCCUUCGUGCGCAUGGAUGUCAGCAGCAACUCCAAGUCCCAGCUCCUCAACGCCAUGCUCAGCCCAGGCUCCAGGCAGCGCGACUGCUUCUGGCACCGGGAUCUGAACCUGGGCGCCAACCCUCGGGAGAUCGCGGAUGGGCUGGUCGAGAUUUCCUGGUUUUUCCCCGGCGGCAGGGAGGACGCGGACGUUUUCCCGGAGCCCGUGGCCUUCCUGAACCUGAGGGGCGACAUCGGGUCCCACUGGCUGCAGUUCAAGCUCCUGACGGAAAUCUCCUCCGCCGUGUUUAUCCUGACCGACAACAUCAGUAAGAAGGAAUACAAACUGCUCUACUCCAUGAAGGAGUCCGCCACGAAAUACUACUUCAUCCUCAGCCCCUACCGUGGGAAACGGAACACGAACCUGAGGUUCCUGAACAAACUGGUCCCCGUGCUGAAAAUAGACUACUCGCACGUCCUGGUGAAGGUGAGCAGCACGGACGGCGAGCGCUUCGUGCGCAGGGUGCAGGCCAUUCUGCGCCACGCGAUGAGGCCCCCCUGCAGGCGGGUGUCCGUGGAGGACAUGGCCAGCGCUGCCCGCCGGCUGGGCCUGAAGGUGGACGAGGACUGCGAAGAGUGCCAGAAGGCGAAAGAGCGGGCGGAGAAAAUCACCAGGAAGGUCAAAGACCCCGAGGCCUACAGAAGGGAGGAGCUGAGGCUGCAGGGAGAGCCUUGGCGGAAGGCGGCGCAAGUGGAGAGGGAGCUGGGCCGGCUGCCGUGGGCCGGGGACCCUCCGGAGAGGCAGCGGGCCGAGCUCAGGGGCCGGCUGCUGGAGCUCCGGCUGCAGCAGAACCGCCAGGCGCCGGCGGGGGCCCUGCAGGAGUUCGUUGCGGGUGUCAGUAGCCCCUCCGUGGGCGAGAAGCAGUACUUCCUGAGGUGGAUGGAGCUGGGGCUGGCACGCGUGGCCCAGCAGAGGCCAAGGCCGCCUCCAGAGACCCGCCUCACCCUGCGGCCGAAAUACUGCGCCGCCGUGGACUUCCCCGAGCGGCCAGAGCCCAUGGGGGUGGAGCAUUUCCUGCGGGAGAUGGGGCAGUGUUUCGAGGCCGAGAGCUACCUCGUGGAGGCCGGGAAGCUGCCGGCAGGCCAGAGGCGCUUUGCCCACUUCCCUGGCUUGGCCCUGGAGCUGCUGCUGAGGGGCCUGCCCUUGGAGCUGGUCGAUGGGAGCGCGCUGAGCGUCCCCCUCCGCUGGGUCACCGGGCUGCUGAAGGAGCUGCACGUGCGGCUGGAGAGGAGGUCGCGCCUCGUGGUCCUCUCGGCCCUGGGAGCCCCCGGCACCGGCAAAUCCACCCUCCUGAACACCAUGUUCGGCCUGCGCUUUGCCGCUGGCCGGAGCUGCCGUCCCCGAGGGGCCUUCAUGCAGCUCGUUGGGGUGGCCGAGGGCUUCGGCCAGGACCUGGGCUGCGACCACAUUCUGGUGAUAGACUCUGGGGGGCUGAUAGGCGGGGCCUCGCCCGCGGCCGGGGAGCGCUUUGAGCUGGAGACGUCCCUGGCCACCCUGAUCAUGGGCCUGAGCAACGUCGCUGUGGUCAGCCUGGCCGAGACGAGGGAUGUGCCGCUGGCGAUCCUGCACGCGUUCUUGAGGCUGGAGAAAACGGGGCACCUGCCCAGCUACCAGUUCGUGUACCAGAACCUCCAUGACGUGGCUGCCCCCAGCCCCAAGCUGACAGACAGGAGGCAGCUCCUGGAGCAGCUGAGUGAGGUGAGCAAAGCUGCAGCCCACAUGGAGAAGCAGGGGGCAAGCGCCCGGACGCCGGCCAGUGGGGCCUUCUGCGACCCCACGAAGCAGCACGUGUGGCACAUCCCCGGCUUGUGGCAGGGCACGCCCCCCAUGGCCUCCGUGAGCCUGGGCUACAGCGAAGCCAUUUUCGAACUCAAGAGGUGCCUGCUUGAGAACAUCAGGAACGGUCUCUCCAACCAGAACAAGAACAUCCAGCAGCUCAUCGAGCUGGUGAGACGGCUGUGAGCGCUGCAGAGAAGUGGUUCAGCUGCAGGAAACCCGCUAUGAGCGGGGGACUGGGCGUGCCCACCUGGGGACCUUCCGCGGGGCAGGGAUGGUGCAGCCGAACGAGGGGCUGGUGCCUGGUCCAGCGUGGAAGGGGAGACAAGUGAGUGAUCGGGAUUUCCGGGUCUGCUGAACAGUGUUAAAAAGAGAAACAGCCUCUUAAAUGGGUUCAGAGAUGCUAUCGGGGGUGUAAAAGGCUCCCAGUGAGAGACGUUUGGAAACCCCCAGUGCCUGGGGCUGGGGGGUGGGGGGAAGACACAGGAGCGCUGAUUUGUUCCCUGGUUUUUAGCCCCUCUCAGGCCCCUCUGAGUCGCGUCUCCCACUGACCCCUGUGGUGUGUCACUGUCCUCCAUCUCCCCACGCCGAGGUGGUUGGAGGAUGCCCAGGGUGGAGGCGGUGAGGCUGUCCUGGGGAAGUCCAGGGGCUCCUGCCAGCUCCUGAGGCGUCUGGGUGAUGCAGUCCUGGCACAGUAUUUAUUGGCUGAGCGGUGAAGCCGCCCCCAGCCCCCACCCCGGGAAGAGUUAGCUGCUCCCGCUGUCAUGCCCACAGCACUUUGUUUUUACCUCUAGGACAACACUCAACAUGGCGCGUUGUGAUUUAUCUGUUUACAUGUCUGUCCCCCUAGACUGUGAGCUCCUUGAGGGCAGGGACUGACUGCACAUUACCCACCAUUGUACCCCCCAGCACCCAGGACCACACCUGGCACUGUGGGCGCUUAAUAAAUAUUUGGUGAGUGAAUGGAAUGAAUGGAUGCACAGGUGGCAGCCAUGGGGUCUUCCCACCUCUCUGUGCCUUAGUUUUCCUGUUCCUCAAGGAGGGCACCAGCACCUGCCUCAUAGAGUGUCAGAAGGGGGGGACUCUGCAGAGAAGGAGUCACGCUGCACCGGUCCCCUCUUCUCUCCUGGGAGACCGAAGCUGCACUCACUCUUGCAUCACAGAGGCAGGCUCAGUGGGACGAGGAGGGAAGCACAAUGCCAAGAAAAGGUGUAGUAGGAUCAGUUAGAACAGGAUAUGAUUGACGGUACAGUGGGGCACCAGACGGGGAAUAUUUUUUUAUGCACAAUUACAGAUCCAUACUGAAACAACGCAUAGACAGAAAUACAUGACCACUCCCUACUCUGUAGUUUUCAGAUUUCAGGACUGCUCCUGGCAGGCCUCCUCACCGGGACGUUGGAAAGUCUGGGCCUCUGGACAUUUUCCCUAAUUAAAACAAACCAAGCUGGACUCAGAUCUGAAGGAAAUGGUUUGAAUACUUUGGUACAAUUUUUCUUGUCAUGCUAGAGUUACUCGGUGUCAUCCGCCAAAGUGGCUUGAUGCUCCUACGUCAAUAUUUAUUUCUAUAACCAUCAUCUAGCCCAGGAGCAGGCCAACUGUAAAGGGCCAGAUAAUAAAUAUUUAGGCUCACGGGUUGUCCGGUCUGUGUUGCAGUGCGAAAGCGACCACAGACAACACGUAAACCGAUGGACGUGGCUGUGUUCCAAUAAAACUUCAUUUAUGGACACUGAAA